CUAUUUCAUGAACGCCGACGUUUCUCUUUUUUCGGGCCAACUCAUCGGUCUAUUUGACACAGGAUAAUAUGUUUGUUUUCACUUCGAAGAGUGAUGAUUUGUGACUUAUUUAUUGUACGGUAAUAAAAAAUAGCAAUUAAUUAAAACAUGGAGGUGCAAUAUCUCAUAAUAUUUUUGAGUAUUUUCUGGCAUGGGUGCGAUGCUAUAAUGUGGAGUUUAGCACCGAACACUCAAAAGUGCUUGAAAGAGGAGCUUCAUGCGAAUGUACUAGUUGCCGGUGAAUAUGAAGUUGUGGAAGUCAAAGGGCAAAGAAUUGAUUACAUCGUACGUGAUUCAAAAGGUCACAUUCUCGCUCAGAAAGAUAGUAUUACAAAAGGAAAAUUCACAUUUGUAACAGAGACAUAUGACACAUUUGAAAUUUGUUUCAUAUCAAAAGUACCCCCAGAAUUCCGUGGUAUUGCACAGGAUGUAACACUGGACAUCAAAGUUGGUAUUGAAGCAAAGAAUUAUGAAGGUAUUGGUGAGGCUGCCAAAUUGAAGCCUAUGGAGCUGGAGUUAAAGAGAUUAGAAGAUUUAUCAGAAGCCAUCGUUCAGGACUUCACACUCAUGAGGAAAAGAGAAGAAGAAAUGAGAGACACGAAUGAGUCAACAAACAAUCGUGUGCUCUAUUUCAGUGUAUUUUCUAUGGUCUGUCUCCUAGGAUUGGCUACGUGGCAGGUUCUAUAUCUACGCAGAUACUUCAAAGCCAAAAAACUCAUUGAAUAAUAUAUUUUUUUAUAUUUCAAACGUUGAUGUAGUCACACUAAGAUCGAUAUAAUAAU